AGUUGUGAUGGUACAAGUACAAACUUCAGUUGUGGUCAAAUAAUACUUGGAUGUAGUGGUUCUCUGCUUGCUCGUCCACACUAUUCGGGUUCUUUCGCGUGUUGCCGUUAGAUCCCGCUAUUACUAUCGAUACAGUACAGCAGGCAGUGCCUUAGUUAUGUGAUAAGUUAUUUCAGCGCGGGCUACUUUUUUUUUUUCCUGGCAGGCUAUGUCUGAGUUGUGCGAUAUUUUAUCUCUCCACUACUUUCCCUUUUCGAAUUUGUUUGAUUUCGUCUUUUAUUAACACCUAUUGCUCACCGUUCUUUAUUUUGGUGCUAUAAAUAGCCAACCGUUCGGUGGCGUUUUUUCUCAGGUUCUGAUCAUUUAAUAAACAACAACCAUGACAAACGCAUAUUUUGCGCUGUACGUGCUUCGAAUAUGAGCUCCCACCAAUAUUCCCAACUUGCAGUUUUGACAUCAUGCAUUUCUUUCAUGCUUUAACUCCCUUCUUUCUCUUACCCUUAUCCUUUCCCCCACCAUACGGUAGCCAACCGGACUCUCGACUGGUUAACAUCCCUGCCUUCCUUGUAUCCCCCUCUCUCUGUUAACGAAACUUGCAGGAAAGCGAGCGCUGCUGGCUCGCUUGUACGGGAAGGCAUUACCUGGGACGCUCACCGCCAUCAUGGGUCCAUCAGGAGCUGGCAAGACCUCGCUUCUCAAUGUCCUUUCCGGUCACUACCACGAAGGUUACGACGGUGAAGUUCACGUCAACGGCUAUCUGCGAGAUGUGAAGCUGUUCAACAUGCAGAGUUGCUACGUCAUGCAGGACGAUUGCUUACUGCAAGAUCUGACAGUACGUGAAGCCCUCAUCAUGAGUAUAGAGCUCAGAACCUCGUCGAAUGGAGGCGAACCCAUAUCCAAUCUCGUAAGUGAAGUGAUCCAGCGUUGGGGACUCGAAGAAUGCGCAGAUACAUUGACUAGGCAUCUUUCUGGUGGGGAGAAAAAGCGCCUCGCCAUUUCACAAGAGCUCAUCAGCAAUCCAUCGGUGAUAUUUCUCGACGAACCUACCAGUGGCCUGGACAGCAGCUCAGCGCUGCGCUGCGUCCGAGUGCUCAAAUCGCUCGCUGAAUCAGGACGCACAGUGGUGUGCUCGAUUCACAACCCGAGUGCUCGACUGUUUUCACAUUUUGACAACCUUUACAUGCUUUCGGGAGGAAGGUGCAUCUACAGCGGCUCAGUGGAGCAGCUAGUGCCAUUCUUGGAGUCUCAAGACAUCCACUGCCCGGUGAACAACAGCCCAUCUGAUUUCAUUACGGAGAUAGCGUCUGGCGAACACGGAGAAUUGACAACCAAGUUAUCAGGCUUCUUUGUCCCUGAUGAUUGUUCCAUAAUUAACGAAAACUUGAAUGGUUCGUUGCUUCUCACGAACUACGGUGGACGAAUAAUGAGCGUUAAGGAGAAGGAGGAAGUCAAACGGCAGCAUGAAGUACGAGUGAGAUACUGCAAUCAGUUCAAGACUCUCCUGAAGAGGAGUUUCUUCUGCGUAAUGAGAAACAAGGCCACUUGUGGCACUCGCCUGCUGGUCAUGCUGUUCUUCGCCCUUCUGCUCUCCAUUAUGUACUACGACUCCGGUAACCGGGCAACGCAAAUGCGUGAAACGAUCACAAUGUACCUCGUGGCGAUGCUGAUGCUGCUCUUCGCAUACGCUGGCGCGACUUUCAUAACAUUUCCUCUGGAGGUCGACGUUCUGUUGAGGGAGCAGAGAAACUGCUGGUACUGCCCAAGUUUGUAUUUUGUGGCACGAAUACUUUCGGAAGUGCCGCUCACGAUUGCUGGCCCCGUGAUCAUGAUGACUAUUGUACACUGGAUGACGUCUCAGCCUAUGGAGUUCUGGCGCCUUGCCAUCGUCAUACUUUUCUCCAUCCAGUUUGCUUCCACGAGUGAAAGCAUUGGUUACGUCUCGUCCGCUUCGUUCAGUCUUGAGGUUGCUACGCUGGUUGGACUGCCCGCUGCGACUCCGUCAUUUUUGUUUUGCGGCUACUUCGUGCGGCCUCGAUAUCUGUUCCCGGCCAUCAGGUGGCUCACGUACACCUCGCACUUGUACUACGUUCUCCGUGGCAUCAUGGUCGCCUUGUACGGUGGGGGACGCGGCGAGCUAAAGUGCGACGAACGGGACGCCGACGUGCUUUGUGUCCCCGUCGAGGGUGAGGCGGUGCUAGACAUGAUGGAGGCGAAGGACGUGGACCUGCUUGCUCACUCGUUGACUGUGUUCGCUAUAGACAUCUUCUUGAAAAUUAUCGCAUUCGCUCUCCUUAAGUGGCGAUUACGGCGCAAAAAGUGAGUGCUGCUUCGCUGUAUUAAAAGCUUGAGUGUUACUGGGCCUUCUACAAAUUAAAACAUGUGGCUUAAAAAAGAAGAAAAAAAGAA